GUAAACAUUGUAGACUAACAAACAUGGCGACGACGUUCACGUCCGUGUACCAUAGUGGAGGACGAGAAGAUCAGUACCUUGGUACAUGGAAGAUUGUGGAAUGCGUAUCGUUGGCGGGCACAGUGGAUACGACCGGCAUCGAAGGAUCAGAGUUCCACCUGGAUGACAGUGGCGAUGUGUCGUGGAAAGUGGCAGAUGAUGUGGAUGCUAUGCCAUUCUUUAACUCUGACACUUAUGAGAUACUUUUUCCACCAGGAAAGAUGAACUCUGACCAACUGAAGUUUUUUGGGACUCUUGCAGAACAUGUUAUUGAGUUCAAUGUUGAGAUUUCUGGUGAACUGAUGCUGUUGACGUGUGACCGAUGUUGCAUGCUGCAGUGUCAGAAGGUGUCUACAGACUAUUCCAAAGGUGACUGCCAUUACACGUUUGGAAGAGCUUUGGACGAAGGCUACUUUUCUGAUCUUGUCAUCACAGCUGAAUCGGGGCAUCAGUUCCAGGUGCAUUCUCUGAUCUUGGGCCUGAGCUGCCCUGAAAUGGACUGGUGGCACACGCCCCCACCUCUAACAGGCAUACGUGAGGAUGUUCUGGGGACCCUGCUCCACUACCUCUACACAGAAUGUCUGCCAAAGGGUCUCUCAGAGGAAACUGUCAAAGUCUGCAUCAAAACUGUUGGCACACUGCCUGGCAUGGACAAUUUUAUAAAACUGUGCAAUGCUUUCCUCAAAAAUACUGCUCUUCGGCAACAAAUCGUGAAUUUGAUUGGAGACAUGCACACGUCAGCAGAUCGGAUUAUUGAGAUGUUUAAGUGUAAGAAAACCCCCAUCACACCUGGCACCAUUCCUGAAGAUGCACUUGCUGCCAAUCCUCCACGACUGUGUUAUAUAAUGAAGCAGGCAGCUAGGGAAGCUGCUAUAGCAAGCUCCAAAUUUGUCUUGCUGUGUGACUUAUUUGCCAGAAGGAGCGGAGAACUUCCUCAGGAAGAAAGGCAUGAGAUUAUCCGCUAUGCCAGAUCCAGGUUGCCCAUAUUUGUCAAACAGUUGAAAGAAUUCUUUGAAUCAUUCAAAUACCAAAUGUCAUUUGUUGGACCAAAUGAAAAACAAGAAAUUGCCACAUAUAUUUUACCCGAGGUAGAAACAUUAUUCUCCAUGGUAACCAAGUUUACUGAAGAAUUCAAGGCUGCUCUAAACAAAGCCAUUACCAAAAAUAUUUCUGACAAGGAGAAGGGUGAGGAAAAAGGAGAGAAACACAAACAUGUUAAAGAUGUGUUAGGAAAGACACUAAGACAUGUUUUACAUGUCAGAGAGUUGAAAAAGUUAAAAUUCAUGCAUGAUACUGCAUCCAAAAAGUUUGAGUCAGCAUUCGAAAAACUUGACAGAUUCAAUAGGAAACCAAACGCUGAGAAAAUCAUUCGUGUGAGCCUCAUUAUAGACGAACUCAAGGACAGAGAGGCCCCUAUGCUAGUUGGACGAGUUGAACAGCUAGCACUUGUCCUGGAGGAGAAGUUCAAAUGGCGACAGUGGAAGUACCUAUUUAAACUUGGUUCUUCUAAAGUGGCCUGGGCAGUAAACAAAAUGUGUUGUUACAAGGCCACACUAGCCUCCUCCAUACAACAGAUGGUGGAGAUGGUUCACAAGGACGAGUUCACAGCCUCUCUCACUUCCCUCGGUCUCUACUCUGCCGACAAACCCCAAGACGGUGAAACUCCGAGCCAGCCUGACAGGACAACUGCCUCAUACGCCCAUUUAAGUUCAGUUGAAUCCCUUUGUGUUCCUCCACUGGCCAGAAACAGUAAGCUAGCCAAGCGAUCAAUAGAUCUGCUGAAGAAAGGCCAGAAGACAGAUAUGAUGUUUGAGAUCAUCAUUGUUCAUGAUGUUGGAGACACAGUGAUAGACCACACCCAUGGGGGUGAGCCUGUAGCCCGUACAGAUGACAGAGAUGUUGAUGUCCACCAGAUUCCAGCCCAUCGUGUGAUCCUCGCCUCCAGAUGUAACUGGUUCUGUAGGGCAUUGCUAAGUGGCAUGAGGGAAUCUAUAGACAAGAAGAUAACAGUACAUGAUACAAACCCUGAAGUGUUCAACUUGUUCCUGGAGUACCUGUACUCCGGCCAGGUGAGAGUUGAGGGAUGUACCACAGAGCAGCUGUCUGACCUCCUCACGCUCGCUGACAGAUACGAGGUGGACACUUUGAAGUUGUUCUGUGAACAUGCUUUACAAAGACAUGUUGAUAAUGACACCGCUGUUUACCUCUUUAAUCUAGCUGAUCAACUUCAGACAAAGUCGUUAAAGGAGAGGGCCCUAUCUUACAUGGUGGACAACCCCACACUGGCUGAGGGCGAGGUGUACCUGGAGCUCCCGCAACAUCUGAAGGAUGAGGUACACAGUGCAAUUGUCAAUGGCAGUUCGACUUCCAAGACGAGGUUACCACGGUCACGCCAGACUGAUGAUGCCGUUGUUGAAAUGAUAAAUGAGAUAGACCUCAACUCCGGGGAUGACAGUUCCACAUCAAGCUCUGGAGAUUUCCAAUAUGAAGAAUUAGAACAUGACCGUGGACGGAUGGAUCGCUUUGUUUCUGAACUACGGGAAGUAGUGGGAGACGAACCAUCAGAUGAAGAACUUGCUUCUUUAUUAUUGUCAGCAGACUUUGAUCUUAACAGAGCUAUCAAUUUCUUCUAUGCUAGCUGAUACUCCACUGUUAAACAUUUGAUUGAGCUAGUAAAAAAAGUGUUCAUUUUAGGCUAAUGUAAUGUCUGAGAGGCCAAUACACCAUAUCUGAUAACACAAGUAUACACCUGUACACCACACCUGAUAACACAGAUAUACACCUGUACACCACACCUGAUAACAUGAGCAUAUACAUGUACACCACACCUAAUAACAAAGGUAUACAUCUGUAUACCAUACCUGAUAACACAAGUAUACACCUGUGAACCACACCUAAUAACAAAGGUAUACACCUAAACACCAUACCUGAUAACACAGGUAUACACCUGUACACCAUACCUGAUAACACAAGUAUACACCUGUACACUAUACCUGAUAACAGAAGUAUACACCUGUAUACCAUACCUGAUAAUACAAGUUUAUACCUGUACACCACACCUGAUAACAAAUGUAUACACUUGUACACCACACCUGAUAACACAAGUAUACACCUGUACACCACACCUUAUAACAAAGGUAUACACUUGAACACCAUACCUGAUAACCCAAAUAUACACCUGUAUACCAUACCUGCUACCCAAAGUGUACACCUGUCUACCACACCUG